UCGCGUUUAAAUAGCUACGCCUACGAAUACAAAAUGGCAACGCAAACUCUUUCAGCUGGCACCAACUAUUCGAAAGGAAUUCUUGUUUCAAUCAGAGAAAUGACAGAAACCUCUGACUUUACAAUCAAAGUUGCCGGAAAAUCAUUUCCAGUCCAUCGCAACGUAAUAACAGCUGCAUCAAGCUAUUUCAGAGCGAUGUUUUCAAGCAACAUGAAAGAAGCCCAGCAAGGUUUAGCUAACAUGAAAACUAUAAAGCCCUCUAUAAUGGAGAAGUGUAUCGACUUCAUGUAUACCGGCGAAGUCGAAGUUCAAAUUGACGAGAUUCAAGAUAUUCUGCAUGCAUCGAGCCUACUACAGUUGGAUGCACUAACUGAACUUUCCUUUGAAUAUCUACAAGAGAAUCUCUCGGUGAACAAUUGCCUUGUUGCGGUAUUCCUAGCCAAACUUUAUGAUCGAGUUAAUUUACUGAACAUAGCCGAAAAAAUAGUUUAUGAUAAAUUUGAAGAAGUGGUUUCUACAGACACUUUUUCAGCCAUUUCAUGUGACGACAUAACUCGUUAUCUGUCUAAAGCAGAAGAAAGCCAUGAAAUAAAAUGGAACGCAAUUGUUACAUGGCUUUCUGUUCGACAUGAAGAAGUGGAACGUACUCUACCAAAGCUAAUGAAUUCGAUCAAAAACAUCCCGGUCAAUUGUUUGCUUGAAACGAUUCUUAAUGAACGAAUGGUGUUCAAAAACAAACAGUUAGUGCAAUGCGCCAUUGGCCGUUUAUUUUCAAGUAUUGAAGAAAUUAAAAAAAAUGUUAGUCUCGAAAAUUUCAUAAAUUUGAGAAAAACGUGGAAAACACAAAAGAUAAAAAUAGAAGGUCAAGUUGCAAAAGUGAUGAAUGACUUUUUGGCGGAAAGUUUUGAGCAGCUUGCCGAGAGAGAUGAUUUCGUCGAGUUAAAUAAAGAAGAAAUCUUUUUAUUAUUUCAAUCCCCGAAGAUUAAAUGUUCGUCCGAAAUAAUCAAAUGGGAUGCAGCUUUGAAAUGGUCCAAGAAUCAUCCAAACAGUAAAAAAGUAUUUCCAAAAUUAUUUAAAUUAAUAAAACUUGAUGAUCUUUCAUUGGAUUUCAUCGGGGAAGUUGUUCGAACUGAACCGCUCGUCAGGAAUUCUCAUGGAUGUACUGUUAUGUUGAUGGAUGCAUUAUGCGCACACGGAAGCGUUUCAAAGAAACCCAGCUCUGUUGCAUCACUAAGGAGGGAUCCUCAUCAGCACAUUGCCUUUUUAGACAAGAAAAGUGGUCAAAUUAAUACUUGGAUCAUUUCAAAGAAAACUUGGCAUAAACUACCCGAAGUUAAAUUUGGAGUCGACAUGCAGAUUGUUAAUGUCAACAACGAUCUGUAUGUAUUAAGCGGAUCUAAACUAUUUCAUUGAAGAGGGGAUACAUCCUGGUCCAUUAAGGGUAAUAUAAGAUGCAAAUCUGGAUAUCGUAAACUUGUCGCUUUUCAAGACAACAUAUAUCUAGUACAAGAAAAAUUCACGCUGUGCUAUGACCCCCUUGGUAAUAGUUUCAAAGACAAUUUACCAGGAUGUGGAUUAGUUUAUGGGUUUUGUGCGGUAGCAACAAGCGCGUUCAUUUAUGCCAUGGGUGGACUCUUUUCAGAUCGAAGAGUAGAAAAAUUUAACCCAGUCACAAAAACUUGGACAAGACUUUCUCCAAUGCUAAAUCCAAGGCGCCACGCUGCAGCAGUUGAAUUCAAUGGAAAAAUUUUUGUUAUCGGAGGCGAGGAUGGACAUCGUGUAUCCCACUCUGUCGAAAGUUAUAACUUCGAAACCAAUACAUGGACGGAAGUAGCAAGGAUGUGCGUUCCUCGAUGGGAUCUCUUCGCCGUUGUGGAUGAUAAAAACAUAUUUGCAGUAGGGGGAGGAAAUACUGAUGGCUCGACCAACUCUGCUGAAGUCUAUGAUCCGAAUUCAAACCAUUGGUCAACUUUACAAAUAGAUGGGCUUCCAACGAAAAGUUCGCUUACAGGAUGUGUUUACUUUAUGUAAAAUAUUAUAAACGAAUCGAUGCAGAACAUCGCUCGCCAAUAACUCAGUUCGUUACUGAUUCUCAACGCUAUAAUUGCACUGUGUAAUCUUCGACUCUGGCCUUUAAUAUAAGAAGUCGCUGAAGAGUUGCUUUUAUUAACCUCGUAGUUCAUUUCCUAUCUCGUAUUGAUUAGUCAGCAUACAUCCUAAUGUGAUGAAUAAUUCCGAAAACUGCAUAAUCAUAUACAUUACCAACUUAUAUGUGUAUUUUUAAGCUACCCGCUUAUUUAAUAUUUAACAGACUACAACCGCAUUUCUGUGAAAUUUUUAUUGUCAGAUCUAGGUGUGGGCAAAAUCAAAUAUUUUUUCGAAUCGCAUAGUUCGAAUAAUUUUUACGAAUAUCGAAUUCAUUUUUUAAAUACAACAGGGGUCCAGGACGUCAGAGGUCGAUACUACCUUCGAAAUUAAAAGAAACGUUGAAAGGUCGGCAACGAUGCGUUUUUUUUACUCGUUCAAUUCAUCAAAAUCUCUAAUUGUUUUUGUCAUCGUUUUGGCUGCGAUAUCCUAAAGUUGGUUAUCUAUAUUCCCGUCUGGCAUAUCCGUGCGUUC